AUCCGCCCACUGUCACCGUGUCAGCGUCGCGCGCGUCGCUGCCAGCUCGUGGGCGAAAAGGCCUCGUGCCGCACAGCACAGCGCGCGAUUGGACGUACGGUUUCGACGAGCAAAGUAGACGCGCGCGGCGACGGCGGAGAGGAGCGGAGCUCCCUCGCGCGACGUGGCGCAGCGCGUGGAGGAGAGGAGUCGCCCGCGUUUUCACUCCUCCGCCUUUGUAGCGUUCGCGGGGAUGGGGACAGAAACGAAGGACGAUACGGAUCCCAUCCCAUGCCGCAAUCGCCGUCGCCUUCGAUCUUCUCAGAGGAAAGGAAGGAGGAAAGAAGGAGACGAUCUCCCUGCGUGAUUGGAUCCAACCAAAAACAUAAGACAUAAUAUACGUCCUAGAUGAGUACAUCAGGAUCCGAGAGCGAUUCGGUGGCCGCAAAGCGAUCCAUGAAGCCCAAGUAUUCUAAGUUCACGCAGCAGGAGCUUCCGGCAUGGAAACCACUAUAUACUCCUGGAAUUGUCAUCGGGGCCUUCUCGCUCAUCGGCAUCAUCUUCAUACCGAUAGGGCUCGUUUCAAUUGCAGCAUCACAGGAGGUUGUUGAAUUGGUGGAUAAAUAUGAUGGGGAGUGUGUGACGGCUAACGACAAGGUCGGGUUCAUUCAGGACACCAAGACUGACAAAGCGUGCACCAGAACGAUUACUGUGCCAAAACCUAUGAAAGGCCCCAUACAAGUUUACUACCAGCUGGAAAACUUCUACCAAAACCAUCGGCGAUAUGUCAAGAGCCGGAGCGAUAAACAGCUGCGGUCCAAGGAGUUCUCAAGUGUGAUAAAAACUUGUGAUCCUGAAGCCAUCAGUGAAGGCGGAGCCCCUAUUGUUCCGUGUGGCCUCAUAGCAUGGAGCCUGUUCAAUGACACCUUCACAUUUUCUGUCAACAAGAAGACUGUCCAAGUGAACAAGAAGAACAUAGCUUGGAGCAGUGACAGGACCAUUAAGUUUGGCAGUGAUGUUUUCCCCGAAAAUUUCCAGAAGGGUGGGCUCAUAGGUGGUGGUCAGCUAAAUGAGAAAUUACCAUUGAGUGAGCAAGAGGAUCUCAUUGUCUGGAUGAGAACAGCUGCACUCCCAACAUUCAGAAAGCUCUACGGCAGAAUCGAGACGGAUAUAAUGGCGAGCGAUGAAAUCACAGUGGUGAUUCAGAACAACUACAACACGUACAGCUUUGGAGGCACCAAGGCGCUGGUUCUUUCUACCACUUCUUGGAUCGGCGGCAAGAACAAUUUCAUCGGUUUCGCGUAUGUGGCGAUCGGUACCAUCUCCUUCCUCAUCGCCUUGGCCUUCGUUGGUCUCAACAUGGUUAAGCCAAGGACACUUGGAGACCCGUCUUACUUGUCUUGGAACAAGGAGAACCCAGAUUAUGUCCAAUGAUCAUGCGAGCGGGGAUGUUCAUGUGUUCAUGUCCCAUUGGGUUCGUCUGCAGCGUUGGAUUAAAAUUGUGUGGUUUGUAGAGAGCAGGAUGAGGAGGGGGUAAAUGAAGGGGAAUAUAAUAAACGUUUGGCCCGGCCAAACCUGGUCCAUUAUGUUAGCCCGGCCCAUUUAGGGAGCGACCCAAAAUUCAGUCCCUAAAUGGGCCUACCAAUUUGGCCCUGUGGUUCACGUGGCAAUUUUUUUAAUUAUUUUUAGAACUUUAGGGGUAUUUUUUUAAAAAAAAACGAACUCUCUCAAUACGAAUGGUUAAAUGUUUAUAUUUAUAUUUUUUAAAUAAGAAUGGUUAAAUUUUA